UCUGGCCGGCGUGAGGCGCGGCUGCCAAGCUGCCUUCUCCUGUGAGAGACAGGCCAGGAACCCCCGAGUCAGGUGUCAUCCACACCUACCUCCUCCCCCCCACACCCCUUCACCCCCCACCCGAAGACAACAACACCCGCAACACCUGAAAGCCUGUCACGUGGGCCCAACUAUUAAGCCAAAUAUCUCCAGUGGCAUUUGUGUUUGGGUAGUGGUCCCCCCCCCCAGUUACACCUGUUUAUAGAUAAGCCACCUGUCUUGAGUACCUCUUCUUCUACACCUGUACCUUAUUUAGGCGAUCUCUCAGCAGAGGUGACAGUAGACCAUCAUACCCCUGAACAUCCCCACCUUUCCUGGACUUGCAAGGUUCCACACUCAAGUUCCAGUAAACUCUCCAGGUUCGCUGAGGGGAAGGUAGACGGCCGCCAGGGGACCAUGAGAAGACUUACCGCUCUCCAUGGUCGUCCGAUAAUGCCUUCUUCUCGCGGUUGUGUCACGCUACAAAAAUAACUUUGUCUCCAAGAUAACUUUUGAUAAAUCGUAGCACAGGAGAGUAAAAUAUUGUAAAUAUAAGAGGUGGAGAGUCGGGUCUGGUUGAUGCAAGUAACCCGCACCAACUUCAGGACUCUCCACGCUGGUGAGGCGCGACCUGUUGGUGAUCCAAGAGGACCUCCGGUAAUACCAUAUUGACCCCACGACGUCUGACCCUAGUCAUAGCGAGGGUCAGGACUCAUCAACUACCUCAGCGAACACACACAUGCAUACUACUUCCGUAGACUACCAAGAUCUGUUACUGUGGAAGUGGUAUCACCACUCACAUCCAAUGUUUGUUUCAUUAUAAUCCAAACAAAACCUGGCCUGAGGACUGACUCGGAACUGAGCUCGACGGUCAUUCCUGUGGAAGUUGAAGGCGAGUCUGGCUCUCGAUGUUUGCCAAACUGUCUCAUCAACAAAUCGCUGAGAUAUAAUCUCGAGGAGGAGGAGGGUGUUCGGGGAGGGUGUCAGCCUGAAGUAUGCGGGAAGCCAGUGAGGUCAAGGUCGACCACCGCCGCUCCUGCCCCGGAACGUGAUAGACGAGAGCAAGUCACGCCAUUCCUACCAUCACCUGACCCUUCUUACCGUCUCGUAUCCUGUCCUCCACAUUUGUUGGCGUCUUCCUUAUUCUCCGCCAUUCCGACUCUGGGAAUCAACGAGGCACUUAUGUUCUCUCUACGCUCUCUACGCUGCUGUAACUCUUAAGUUGCUGCUACGACUGCUGUGUGGGUGUUUACUAAUAUCACUGUUGUCUCCUAUUUGGCACCUCCUCUUCAGUCUUUUUUUUAUUUGAGAAUUACAUUGUCUGCUCAAGAUUUUUUCCUAUCACACCUGUGACUCUUUCCGUUUAAACUUCUGUAACUAUUGCAUUCGGUCCUGUAAUAGACUUUUGGCCCUGUCAAGGAUCUUGUCAUCGCUGUAAUAGAUCUUUGGCCUUGUCAAAGAUAUAUAGCCGUCUCAAAGACCUUUCACACUGUAGAGGAUCUUAGCCUCUUCAUUAUCAUAGAAUUAUUUCCCAGACGCCUUUUCCUGGAGCGCUGAUCUAAUCUUUACGUCUAAAAUCUACACCUUACCCUACAACACUUAGCCAUUCCCUCAUUGCAACCACUUUCCAAAAUCCUUUCCGGUAGUCAGCCAUUUUCCCUGGCUGCGUGUGGUCGCGAGUCCUCCUCCAAUCUGGUUCUCAAGAACCUCACCCUCCACCUUGUCCUCUGCCUCAUCCUCCUGCAGCACCGGAGCCAUCAUGAGUCGUGCAGCCCGCCCCUUCAACAGGUGCAAGAGUGCCACCUUCCACAUUGACGGUGCCACCUACACCAUAGUUGCCAGUCCUCCGGAGAAGAAGAAAGAUGGCCAGGAUGAGGCUGCUCCGCCCCCGCCUCCUACCAGCAAGAAUGGUCAGCUCUCAAAACAAGGUUCGCUUACCAUUCUGCGCAGGACCAACAGCCGCAGUCAUGGAGGACGGUCGACGCGGCUGUCGUCCGAGGCCGACAAUGAUACGCUCGACGCUAUCGACCUUCUCCAUGACGCCCUGCCCGCCGUCGACACCCCAGAAUCCUGCGAGAAGGCAGCGCUCAGGUUACGGAGUCUUCUGCGACACCUACAGGAGGGGGAGGUGGCUGCGGCGGUGCUCCAGCAGAACCUUCAGUACGCUGCCGAUGUCCUCGACUCCAUCUAUGUCGACGAGGCCAACAGGUGCGCGACGCCCCAGGACCGCGCCAUUACCAUCAGUCUUGAGCCGUCCGCCCGGAAAGCCAGGAGGCCUGCCACCGGCGCGGGCGCCUCACCCAGGCGUCAGGUGGGCGAGGAGGAAGACGAGCUAUCUGAGGUGGAGCCGGACGCUGUACCCCAGGAGGUGCGGGAGUGGCUGGCCUCCACCUUUACCCGUCAGCUCUCCACCGCCCGCAGGAGAAAUGACGAGAAACCCAGGUUCAGGUCGGUGGCAAAUGCUAUUCGUGCUGGUAUCUUCGUAGAGAGGAUCUACCGUCGCCUAUCCUCAGCCACCUUCCUUCAGCUGCCACCUGAGGUCACAAAGAUACUCAAGAGAGUGGAUGACUGGCGAUUUGAUGUUUGGAAGCUGCAGGAAGCCAGCAACAACACACCACUCCGUUGCUUGGCAUAUGAGCUCUUGAACCGAUAUGGCCUUCUUCACAAAUUCAAGAUGCCUCCGGCCACGCUGGAAACAUUUUUGACGCAGGUGGAAACUGGCUACUGCAAGUACAAGAACCCCUACCAUAAUAACGUCCAUGCCGCAGAUGUCCUUCAGACCAUGCAUUACAUGCUCUCACAAACUGGUCUCAUGAACUGGCUAAAUGAUGUCGAGAUCCUUGCAACGCUAAUGGCUGCUCUCAUCCAUGACUACGAGCACACUGGCACCACCAACAACUUCCAUGUAAUGUCUGGUUCUGAAACGGCCAUCCUUUAUAACGAUCGUGCAGUUCUUGAGAAUCAUCACAUCUGUGCAGCUUUCAGAUUACUUCGUGCAGAAGAACACAACGUCCUGGUGAACCUAUCUCGGGAGGAGUUCCGCGAGUUUCGCAGCCUGGUGAUUGAGAUGGUCCUGGCCACCGACAUGUCUUCACAUUUCCAACAAAUUAAGGCUAUGAAAACAAUGCUUUCAUUACAAGAUUCCAGCAGUUUGGACAAAUCCAAAGCAUUAUCACUAGUUCUUCACUGCUGUGACAUCUCACACCCAAGCAAAAGUUGGGAGCUCCAUGAGCGCUGGACAACUCAGCUUUUAGAGGAAUUCUUCAGGCAAGGUGACAAGGAGCGAGAACUUGGCCUACCCUAUUCCCCUCUGUGUGACCGGAAUAAUACUCUUGUUGCAGAGAGUCAGAUUGGUUUUAUAGACUUCAUCGUUGACCCAAGUCUUGGUGUAUGCGGCGACCUACUAGAUAAGGUGGCAUCUUUGUCAGCACCUCAAGCCACACCCACCAUCUCGGAGGAGCCGCAUAAUGAACCUGGUGGUCCAAUCAAGAGGCCUGUGCGUCCAGGUGGUAUUGUGGGUACAGAGGUGCGGCGGCCUUGGCAAGAUUGUCUGUCAGCAAACAAGAGUCGCUGGAAGGAACGGGCCAUGAAGGAUGCAGAGCUUCGAGCAGAAAUGGCCCUAAGAAAUGAGAAAGUGAAUGGCAAUUCUGCGGAGGACGAAUCUGACGAUGUAAUUAAAGAAGAAGAUGAGAAAGAGAGAGAAGCAGAAGCGAGUGGCCAGGCUUGUAAUGAGGAGAGUGCGGAAUGAAAGAAAGUGUAGUACCAGGAGGAAAAUUUAUAAUGUUUGAAAUAUGUUAAGUACAAUGUUCACUAUAUAUUGAAAUGUUAUAAUGUUGGCAACCUAGAAGUAAUUUCAUAUUAAAGGGGAGUCCCAUUGAAUGUUAAUCAUUUAGAAUCACCCAGAAUAAUAAGUUUGUUCUUAUCUGCAGUAAAAGAUACAAUGUUCAUUUUGUCACUAUGUUGUUUGCAACAGUAUUUUGAGAAAGGGUUAAGUGGUUAUAAUCUUUAGUUACUGUUAUAGAGCUCUCAAGGGUCUGACAGAUUAUCAUAAUGAUUUGAUUAGUGAUGCAACAAGUGAAAAUACAAAUAGGACACUUAUCUAUAUUUUUGCCGUGCUAUUUGAAAAAAAAUUAAAGCUGUGAUGAAAAAAUUCUGAAUAAAUUUUCAAAAACUUCUUGCCUUGAACUUCCUUCACAUGUCUGCCAUGAAUGCUCUUCUGCUGUGGAACUCAUGUUAGAUAUAAAAUUUAGCUAAUAUAAACAUUUUUAAACUCAA